GAGGGAAGCCAUAGCAACUGCUUCGAGAGAGGUUCGGGAACAGUUAGUUGGGUCAGAUACACAUCCACGGUCAAACGAUUUCGGCCUGGAUUAGUCAACCCUUCUCAAUCUAAACCAUUCAUCUAAUGUCGAACCUCCUCUCUUGCCUGUUAAUAGUGAAGUGAUUAUGUCUAUAGCUGAUGGUGCAGCAACCAAAGAUGUAGCCCCAGCUCUGCAUUGGGUGACACGGAAUCCUCUCUCUCCUAAAGUAUUCGAUGAUGGCCCAGAGGCCAAGUUCGAUUCGAAAUGCUACUCAAAUGUGGGAGAUGAUCCAAUAGAUGGCGACAAUCGCUCAUGGAAUUUUGAUUAUCAGGAUACCCAUAGCGACCCGUUGUCCUCCCCUCUUUCUUCCAGAAGCAUUAUAUUGGAGCAAGCUUUGAUUACUCUAUUUAACGAAGAAAAUGGAGCCGAUAUUAUCGAUGCAGAGCCGCUGCAGGCUCUCGUGGGCACACCAGCAAAAGACAGGGAAGUCUAUCAGUUGCAAGGUGUGAAAACAGAAUUACAGAGGGCCAAACUGAUCGACACGAUUCAGAAGAAGAAGUGGAUCAGAGACGCCAUCGACCAUGUGGGCAGAUCUCUAGGGCUAUCUUUUGGGGACUACCUGGAAGACUAUAUAGCCUUAUUCCAGUGUGUGGAGACCCGCGGUCGUCCGCUGCCAGAAUCAAGAUCGCCUAGAACACACCCUCCCAGAUCGAUCAGUAACAGGGAACUUCACAGUCUUUCUUCCGACAACAGUACUGCCUUUGGAGCCAACACAAGAGCAUGGAAAACAGGUAAACAGGGCAGUGCAGUUUCUCUAUGAAGAUUUUAUGUUGGAACAUUAGGGGGGUAGGGUCUUAAGCAGAAAAAAAGCCUUCUAAAAGACACCUGCGGGAGAAACAACCCAUAUGUGAUUUGUUUUCAAGAAACUAAGAUUCAAA